CACACUGGAAGGGAAAUCACUCCCCGUCGAUGGUUGUGUUCAGGAUCAGAAAUGUACACAAACGGAAAUACACCCUGGUGUGCCUCUGCAUUGUUGGUUUCAUCAUGUACAGAUAUUUUGGCAUGCCCUCAGGCCGACGCCGGAUGAGCAGGAAGGUGGGCCUGAGCGCCAACACGUCCCAGUUCACCCUGGAGGGGGAGCCCUUCACCAUCCUGGGGGGGUCGGUGCAUUAUUUCCGGGUGCCGAGGGCCUACUGGAGGGACCGGCUGAUGAAGAUGAAGGCCUGUGGCAUCAACACCGUCACCACAUAUGUGCCGUGGAGUCUGCACCAGCCGCAGAGAGGGGUGUUCAACUUCCACACUCAGCUGGAUUUAGAAGCGUACGUCAGUCUUGCUGCUGAGUUGGGAUUGUGGGUGAUUUUACGCCCAGGACCCUACGUUUCCUCUGAACUAGACUUAGGAGGACUGCCGAGCUGGCUCCUCCGAGACGACAACAUGAGGCUCAGAACCACGUACCCCGCCUUCGUUCACGCCGUCAACACCUUCUUUGACAAGCUUAUUCCAAAAAUUGUUCCUCUGCAGUUCAAAAAAGGAGGUCCUGUAAUUGCAGUGCAGGUCGAAAACGAGUAUGGAUCAUUCGCAAAGGAUGAGAGUUACAUGGUUUUUAUUAAAGAGGCUUUACUGUCCAGAGGCAUCAGCGAGCUCUUGUUUACAUCUGACGGACACAACACGUUAAAAGCCGGGGGUGUCGAUGGAGCCAUCAGAACAGUGAAGCUGCAGAAACUGAACCAGAAGGACAUCCAGGACCUGAACUCAUUACAGCCCAACAGCCCGUCCAUGGUGCUGGACUACUGGACCGGGGGGUUUGAUGUGUGGGGUGACCUCCACCAUGUGCUCCCCCCUGAGGAUAUGGUUUCCAGUGUGAGGGAGAUCCUGAGGCGAGGCAUGUCCGUCAACCUCUACAUGUUCCACGGAGGCUCCAGCUUUGGUUUCAUGAGCGGCGCCGUGGCCGACCCAACCUACCGGGCUGUGGUUCCCAGUUAUGAUUAUGAUGCUCCGCUGUCUGAGUCUGGGGAGUACACGCCCAAGUACCACCUCCUCAGGGAUCUGCUGUCACGGUACAACAACGGUGAGAGUUUUCCAGACAUGCCGGCCCUGCGUUACAGAGAGGCUUAUGAACCAGCCAUCAUGUACCAACACCUGUCCUUAUGGGACGCUCUGAGCUUCACAGAGUCCUUCAAGUCCCAUAAACCAGUAAACAUGGAGAAGCUCCCAGUGAACAACGGUAACGGACAGGCUUAUGGAUACACUCUGUAUGAGACCAGCAUCACCUCUGGAGGAUCACUGAAGUCUGGAGACAACGUCCGAGACCGAGCUCUGGUUUUCGUUGACAGAAGCUACAUCGGGCUGUUGAAGCGGCGGACUGUGGAGCUGGCAGUUCCUGAUGGUAAGGGACGGCGAACUUUAAGUCUAUUGGUGGAAAACUGUGGGCGGGUUCACCAGGGAAGAGACCUUGACAAACAACAUAAAGGUCUGGUGGGAGACAUUUUAUUAAACAAUAUACCCUUACGAGAUUUCACAAUCUACAGCCUGGAAAUGAAACCUGGCUUUAUUGAUAGUCUUUAUCAGGCUCCGUGGAAAACUCUGCAGGAAAACCCCAGUUUCCCAGGAUUUUUCAUGGGGAAGUUGUUUGCGUACGGGUAUCCCAGUGACACAUUUGUGAAAUUACCAGGUUGGGAAAAAGGUGUAGUUUUUAUCAACGGCUUAAAUCUGGGCCGGUACUGGACGAUUGGCCCCCAGCAGGCGCUCUACCUCCCCGGCCCUUUUCUCAACAGUGGCAUUAACCAGGUCAUUGUGUUUGAAGAACAAGAGGGCGACUACAAGGUCCACUUCGAGGACAGUCCUGACCUCGGCAUGGCAGCAGAAAUCCAGUGAAACCACAUGAUGUCCACGGAUUUAUUCUGUAAAAACUGUCUCAGUCUGAAACCGAAGCAGAAAAACAGAGCUCAUCAAUAAAAGACAGAGACAUGAUGAUUUCUAUGGGAGCGUUUUAUAUUUAUAUACAUACAGUACCUGUAGUUACAGUGACUCGACAUAUUAAACAGAAACCCUCCGUCUCAUGGAUAAGUUAAAGAGUACUUUGUUUCUGUCAGUUAUGUGUUUCAUUGUUAUACACUAUACGGACAAAAGUAUGUGGACACGUUGAAUGCAGGUGUUUCUUUUCUAACAGGGGUCUGGGAUA